AUUAGUUGUAAUAUUUAAACUCUGAGAUUUAACUUGAGAUAGCAUUCUGUUAGUGACUGUAUCUGUGGAGACGGAAAAAUGAGGGUCGUGGUAUCAUUGUCAUUACUGCUGUUUGGACUGUUCAUUAUAAGCGCACAUGCGAUACCCACGUUAGAGCUACAGACUCCACCACGGGACAUCUACGAAAUCCAAGAGGGGGGAAAAGGGAUAACAACGCUUUUCGCGCCAAAACCCGAGAAACCCACGCUACGGGAGAUUGUGUACUAUCAUAUCAUUGAGAGGCCUUACGGAGAUGUCAAACUUGAGGGGCAGUCAGAGCCCGACCAGUUGAACCGGCUGCGAAUCGAAAUGGACGAAACAAUGAGACCUUUCACCAAUGGACAUGGAUUCCAGUACGUUGACAACGACAUUCAUGAAACAGAAGUGCAUGAUUCAGCUAAUAUUGAACCAGAGGAUGCUAGUGGUGAAGAAGAUGAAAAUACAUUAGAAGAGGUGUCUGAAAUGGCUACUGAAAAAGAUAAUAUAGACAAUGAAAAGAUUCAACAAAGGCAGUUUUUAUUCGAUAGACUAAAGCGGGAAAGAUACAGCGCUAGCUUUAAAAAAAGCACUACCACUGAAACACCUGAAAUGACAAGUUCUACUAAAGACUUUACUGCCAGCAUUGUAAGUUCUACCGACACUGGCAUGGUUGGUACUACUAAAAAUGGCACUACAAAUUCUACAGAAAAAGUAGAGACAAGCACUGCUGCGCCUACUUCUGCACCAAGAGUUAAAAGAAGCCUCAAUGACGAAGAGUUCCCUAUAGCACCAACACUGCCAUCUAUUGAAUACGGGCGGUAUCCUGGCCUUCAAGUAUUUAGAGAAUCGAUAGCCGAAACUGAAGAAAAUCCUGAAGAGUCUAAUCAAGAUAACCUAAAAAGCGCUAUGAGAUUUAGAAUCAAUGAUAUAUUCGCUACCUUAAAACCUUACAACGAUUUUUAUACUGCAACACAUAUACCAGAGAACACAGUGAGGAGUUAUGGAAUGGAUCUAUCCGACGAUCAAGGCACUGUAUGGAAUAAUGUGUGGCGACCAAUAAACUAUCACGUCGGUGAACCGAUUAAGUUCUAUGAUGUCAAUGAAUAUAAAUUGCCUACUACACCAAUAGUUGAAGAAACUACAACUCAAGUUACAAUCACAACUAAUCCUAAAGAAGUUGAUGACAUCUUUAUUGAUGCUAAGAAAGAAUCUGCUAUUCCUACCGAAGAUAAAGAAGACAUACACGUAGAAACAAAAAGGGAAGAGAUAAAUAAACAUAAGCCGGCUAUUGGAGAGCCUAAAGCAACGAAAAAUAAUGAAUAUACGAAAGACUUUAACGAAGAAGAUAUUGAAAAUAUUCCCAGAGAUGAUAGCGAUAAUGUAGCUCCUAGAUCUUUGACACGUAGCAAAAAUCUAAAAAGAGUUAGGCCAAACGAAGAUGCAAGUCGCGAUUUAUAUGAACAGCUUAUGAAAAGCGGCAAAUUCUGGAAAUGGCUGGCACAUUGGACUUCCGAUUAUAUGGAGAUUCUUUCUGACCGUGUUAAAAUCAUGAUCAAAGACGAAGUCGCGAGGGAAAUGAAGAAGUUUAAAAAUAGUAAUACAGAUUUGAAUAAAACGAAAGAGGUAAAUAAACCAAUAAUUACGGAUAUUGCAAAAAAUAAGGAACCAUUUAUUAAAAACAAUACGUUAAUCAUAGAUGAUAAAGAAAUACCAAUAACAAAUACCUCUAAUUUAAAAGGAAAUACAACAAAUGAUUUAUUGAGAAAACAUAGAGAUAGGGAUGAAAAGCCGACGCACGAUAAAUUACAUAAGACUGAACUUGAAAAUAAUAAAACUAUCAGCAAAGAAGCCAAAACAAAUUCAACUAAAAAUGAAGAAAAUUAUAACAGUGUCAAAGCACAUAAUAUUUAUGGCAGUGCCACAGACAACGACCAAGUAACUAAUGUAUUCAUUUUCUAUCCAGGCACUGAAACUGAAGAAAUAAUUGAAAGUUUAAAACCUUUUAUAGGUAGUUCUAUAACUGGAAUUACUACUGACAUCAAAGAUAAAAAAGACAAGGACAUCGAUAAUACAGUUACAGAAAAACCAAUAGACACGCCACUACCAAAUAAAGAUCUCAAAAAUACUACCACACAAAACCCUGUUACAGGCAAUAAAAAUAAUAAAACUGAAGAAAACUUACCUGUGGAUAGUAAAAAUACCACAAAAAUUGAAGCAAAUAAAGAAAGCGAGAAUACGCCAAAUACACAAAAUAAAGAUUCUGUGACAGAACAUAACAGUACAGUGACUACGACAGAGGAAUUUUCUACUACUGCAAUUUCAACAGACAAAAGUACAGAAAAAUCAUUAGAGUCCACUUCGUCUACUUCUACUACAACAUCAACUGAAGCUAGCAAUGAACCUUCAUUAUCUUCAGUCACAAAUACGAUCACUGAAAAAUCAACAGAAUCUUCAACUUUAGAUCCAUUAACUUCUACUACAUUAGCUACAACUGUUGCUGAUGCUAAUACGCCUAAACAAUCAUGA